AUGGCGCCACCCCUCUCCGCUGCGCUCAUGCAAAACCGGCCCCUCCUCGACCCAGCUCCCCACACCAUCGUCGCCCCUCUCAUCCUCUCCAACCCUCUCUUCCACAAAUGUCGAAUCUCAGACCACCUCCACCUCGUCUUCCAAUGGGGAAUCCACACGGACCUCUUCUCAAAGCGCGAAGUAGCCGUCUUCAUCAACGUCUACACUCCGCCAGCUCAAGCCCGCCAGAUCCGCAAGCAUGAAGGUCAUCCUGCUCGUGCUCCAGACGGCACAAUCAUGGAGAUCCAAGGCGAUGCAUGUCCCGGGAGCACAGGCGAGUCUGUUGGACCUUGGGAUUUCGGAAAUGUGCACUUGUGUGAAGGAUAUGCGGAAUGGAGCGCUGGAUUAUUACGGACUUUGAACAUGGCUCUUGCAGCGGGCUUGAAGCUUGCGGAAGUCAAUAUGCCGCAGCCGAGUCGGGAGGAGUUGGAGAAGGCUCAGGGAACUCACUCGCACUGGUUGCAUGAGAAACCUCUCCAUCCAAGUAUACGCAAGUGUUUGACUGCUCAUCGAGAUGGGAUUCGUGAUAAGCUAGAUGCUUUUUUGGCGUAUGUGGAUGUGCAGAUCAAGUCUGAGUCUGGCAAGGAAAGGAUUUUCGCGACAUUGAGAGAGGCCUUGGGCGGUACUCUGGCAGGAAGGGAUGUUGGAGAGUACAAUGGCGUACUUGGCGGAAUGGUUAACAAGAUCAUUGAUAGGAUUGUAGACUUCAUCGAGUACAUGGAGGAAAAGAUCGACACUUCGGAGGCGAUGCAGCUGCGGCUUGAUGAGGUUCGCCAGAUUGUGGAUGGAGCGUUGAGCCGAAAGGAAAGGCGCAAGCGAGAUAAUCAGGAUGAAGGCAAUGGCCAAGCUCGGAAGAAGGUCAUGACCGCGGAUGCCAAAGUGAAGACUGAGGAUGAUUUGACGGCCGAGUUGGCUGAACCUCCGAAGCCGAGAAAGCGGGAUCGAAAAGCCAAGGUACCAUCAUUGCGCAAACGAGGAAUGAAGAAAAGAAAGGAAGCAGACUUUCCAUCGGAGAAAAUGAAGGUCAAGCACAAACAGCAUGGUGGAGAUGGCUUGAUUGCUGAGGCCGCUUCAGUAGCUGUUCCGUCUAGUUGUCCGAAAGCCAUCUCAGAGCAGUCGAGUUCAAGUGGGAAAUGUACGGAGAAGUCCAAAUCGACCUCCGGUCUGUCUGCUACGUCAAACAUCACAGCCAAAGACAAACCUAAAGAGGCAGAAGCAGAACCCGAUUCAAACAGACGCACAUCAUCUGAGCCGUCAACAAAUACUGCGGUCAUUCCUGGUAGCCGACAACUAGGAACUCCUCCCCCACCAUACUCUCCGCAUCCCAGCCUCAGCCCGGAGAGCUCCAGAGCUGAAGGAUCAACAACAGCUCAGACGACUCCGCGUCCGUCUGUUCUAGAGCAGACACAGAGCAGUUUAAAACUCUCUGUAUCUGUAUCUCCCAAUGAGUCUGGUAUUCGAAAACAAAUGACACCAGCAGCAAGACUUUUGGAUCAGAUUCUCAAUGGUAGGAAUCGCCAACGCGAGGAAUCAACGGAAGAGAGCACUCGCCUUUCCGUGUACUCCUCAGAAUUUUCGCCUUCUAUACCAGCACCUCCCCAAGAUCAAGCUGGAGAAAUUCUUUUAAACCAGGAAGCAUCUAAAUUAGCUACUCCAUCAGGAACCAACUCCUUGGAUAUACUUAUGAGCAGCUCUCCAUUUUCUGAUUCAAGGGGAAUCGAACCUGAUCACAAAGACGGUGGCGCAGAAGAAUCACUCUUCCUCCCACACACUGAACCCAAGACUGCCUCCAAGGAUCAGAACCAGCAGUGUUCAGAAAUCGAAGCACCAGCAGCAGCAGCAGCUGAAACAGAAGCAGAAGACGACGACUACCAAGCCUCCCUCUUCAAUCACUCAAACACGCCGCUCCGAGCCUCCAGUUACGACCUUGAGCUCCCACCACCGCCAGAAUCCAAGACACGCCUGCAAACUUCAGCAGUAAUAGUAGCAGCAGCAGUCAACACACAGACACACCAAGACGAAUCCCGUCUCUUCCUCCCUCAAACCAUACCCCUACUCCCAUCAGCUUCGCAAGCAGCAGUCCACUCCGAACCCCAAACCCAAACCCAGCCCCAACGCCAAUCCAGCUACGACCUCGACCUCCCACCACGACCAUCACCAAAAUCACCAAAAUCACGUCUCGGUUCUUCAAAAAUGCCAAUCGACAUCGAAGCUGAUUUCAAUUCUUAUUUUGAUUUCAACUCAGUCCCAGAUCCGAAACAUACAGGUAGUUCCAUCUUCGGCGGCCCUGGCUCUAUACACUCUUCCAAACCCAGAAUAAAAUCCAACACCACAAAACUAAAACCUGAGUCUGCCUGCUCCUCCUCUCUUUCAACAUCAAAAUACAUCGAAAUCAAAGACGAAGAAGAUGAAGAUGAAGGUGCCGAUGCUGAUGUCGAUGGCUUUGAUAUCGACCUCGUUGAUCUUGAUCUUGAUCUUUUCAAUAGGGAGGAGGGAGACGAACUAGCUGUAAAGAAGGAGGUUGUUCUUGCCGGAGAAGGAGGAGAUAUGGGUGGAGGAAAGCAUGGGGGUGUGAAGAAAGAAGUUGGUGUGCGCGAUCAUGAUGAGGAUGGAGAUGGGGAUAUAGUGAUGUGCACUCGGGAUGAGUGGCUUAAGGAGGUUGAGAAGAAGAAGAAGAAGAAGAAGAGGAAUCGGGGUCAGAGCGCGGUUCAGAAUCAGGCAAAGACCGGGUCGAAAUGGACCGUAGGGGUAGAUAUUAUUGGAAAAAGGAUUACCUGA